CUGAUGACCGUGACCAAACAGCGUCGACUUGGUGUAGGUCAACGUGAACGUGAAUGUGAAUGAAGACGUCAACUGGUGAUAAGGGGUAUUUUUGGUUUCCCCACUACUUAUUUAUACAAUGUGGAGAUCUCAAGAGACCCUUGACAUCUGUAGGCUAGGGGCAUAAUGAAUGCCAUUUCUUAGCCCACUAACUACAACCCCCACAAAAGAUCUGCUCAUUGGCAGUUGCAAUGCCAGUGAAACCUUGAGACCGGUGUGUCAGGCAACCCAAAACCACAGUGACAGAAUGCCACAUGAGAAUGACUCCUGCUUCAGGGGACAGGAAUCUGUCAACUAUUUCUCCUGCAUGAUUCACCUGUGGGAGGAGUGGACUGGUCUGGAGAAUAUGGAGAAUUAUUUCAACUACCUAGACUACCUGGUGUGGGUCUUCACCCCACUGGCUAUCGUCUUCAUCCUUCCACUCUUCAUUGUGGUCUUUAUUUACCUUUCCAUCCUCUUCCUCCAUGUGUAUAAGAGGAAGAAUGAGCUAAAAGAGGCCUAUUCCUAUAACCUGUGGGAUGGAGCAAGGAAAACACUGGCAACCUUGUGGGACGGGCAUGCAACAAUAUGGCACGGUUACGAAAUCCAUGGCUUAGAAAAGAUUCCAGACAAAGGACCAGCUCUUAUUGUGUAUUAUCAUGGAGCCAUUCCAAUAGACUACUACUACUUUUUAGCAAACGUCAUUAUUCGGAAGGGAAGGACAUGCCACUCUGUAGCUGAUCACUUUCUUUUUAAAUUACCAGGUUUUAAGCUGCUGCUUGAGGUAUUCAGUGUUAUACAUGGGCCUCAGCUGGAGUGUGUCCGAGCCCUGAAGAAUGGCCACCUGCUAGCAAUUUCACCUGGCGGGGUCCGCGAGGCUAUUUUCAGUGAUGAGAAUUAUACCCUCAUAUGGGGGAACCGCAAGGGAUUCGCCCAAGUGGCCAUUGACGCCAAAGUGCCCAUCAUUCCUAUGUUUACACAGAAUGUUCGAGAAGGAUUUCGGUCACUUGGAAGCAUAAAGUUGUAUCGAUGGGUUUAUGAAAAAUUUCGAUUACCAAUCGUUCCCAUAUAUGGAGGGUUUCCAGUCAAGUUUCGCACUUACCUGGGUGAUCCUAUUGUACAUGACCCUAACCUAACUGCAGCGGAACUUGCAGAUAAGGUAAAACUAGCUGUGCAAUCUCUAAUAGACAGACACCAAACAAUACCAGGAAACAUCUUCCGGGCCCUAUUAGAACGAUUCCACAGAAGACAUAAAGAAGACUAGAUAUGUUUUCCUGGUAGAAUGGGGACUUGUACAGUUAAAUUAAUUAUGAUGUAUAUGAACAUGGUCUUACUGUGACUAAGCUGAGAAUGUUGCUAGUGUUAGGCAAUGAAAUAGAUAAACCAUUAUAAGGAUUUUUUUUAAAAAAUUUGAAUGAAACUUACAGAAAAUGUUUGUUUUCUUUUUGUUAGUCUUGCCUGUCCAUGGGGAAAUUUAAAUCAGGGUAAAAACAAUAAAACAUCCUAUACACA